AUGCUCCUCGCCCUCUACAGCGCCCUCACACUGGCGACGGCCGCCGCCGUGUAUGCAGUCGCCUCGUCGCCGUGGGACCGCGUGCUCGCGUCGCUCGAUAUCAGCUGGCUCACGCGCUUCCCAGCGGGAGGCCUGCCUCCCAUCCCGCAGCCAGAGGAAUCGAGCUUCCUCGGGGUGCUCGAUGCGAGCGUGCGGCGCGUGGUUGAUCCCUCGGGCGGGCUCGGUGUGCCAAACUCGUUUUUCGCGUGGCACUGGGGCAUGGUCCCGCUCUAUGGUGUGCUCUUCUCGGCCACCUUUGUCGCAACAACCCCCGCUGUCCUCGAGCCAGACACUUCUUUCCCGUGGCUCACGCUCGUCCAGAAGCUAUUCAUCUGGUUCAACGCCUGGGAGGCGUUGGGGCUUGGUGUGGAGCACGGCCCGCUGCACAAUAAGCUGAACCCGCCCUUCCAGGACUGGUGGUACCGCCUCACACCGGGCACGAUCAAGUACGCUGGUCCCGCCGGCCACUGGUCCUUCCUCUCGAUGCGCCGCUCCCGGCUCGACUGCCUGGUGGAGGGCGUACUGACUCACGUCUUUACAUGGCGCUGCCUUCUCGCCCCGGAAGUCUCGCCCGAGCUCGUCUGGCCGCUCGCGGCGUGCGGCGUGUACGAGCUCCUCUUCGACUACGGGCAGCACAUGCACACCUACGGCACGCAGAACCUGCACCUCUUUGUGUGCAUGUGCUUCCCCGUCGAGCGCGGCCAGGUCGUCGGCAUGCAGCUGUUCCUCACCCUGCUCUACAUCGGCUCGGGCUUCUGCAAGUUGGGCCCGACCUUCCCACACAUGUUCACCAUGAAUCUCGCUUCGGCCAAGUUCAUGGUGGGUGUGCCCUGGGCAAGGUGGUUCCGGCGCCUCACUUUCAAGGCGCACGACGCCGAGCCGCCCGACUUCGGAAAGACUGCCUUUGCGUGGUGGCUGGCGAAUGGCGCCGCGAUGGUCGAGUUCUCGGUGCCGUUCCUGCUCUACACGCGCAACUCUCUCGCCGUGGCGCUCUCCAUCUUCACCUUCCAGUGCAUGCACGUCUUCAUCAUCGCGACGCUCAUCAUCGACGUCUUUUGCUGGAACUUUACCGAUGCGGUGGGCUACUACGUGCUGUACGGCCAGCUCUCCACGGGCAUCGACCUCGAGGCGCCGCCGGGCAUGGGCUAUGGCGUGCUUGUCGUCCGCAAGUCGGCCGUGCACAAGCUGCGCCGCCUCACGUUGCACGCGGGGACGCGGCCCGCGCUGGUGCCUGGCGCCGAUUGGGCGGGCGACUGGUACGGGUUCUACCUCUUCGCGGCGUACACAUGGACGCUGCUUCCCGCGCUAGUAGUCGAGGCGAUGGGUGAGGCCGCGCCCAGUGACGGCCUCCUGCACGCCUCGGGCGACUUCGCCCUCUUCCACUCGGCGCUCUUCUUCGACGCCGUCGUCGCUCACCUCCGGUUCGACGGCCUCUCCUCCCUCCGCCUCACCGAGGAGCUCGGCCGCGCGUGCGGCUUUGCGCCCGGGGAGUGCCGCCUCUGCUGGGCGGGCGCCUUCCCCUCCUUCCUCCUGCCUCCGGGCGGGAGGCCGGCCACAGCCUCCUGGAAGAUUGUCGACGCAGCGGAGGGCGUGCUCCGGCAGGGCUCGUACGACGCGGCGACCAUCGACGACCCGCGCUACGCCAAGCCGUCCGACCUGCUGGACCUCGACCUCCUCGGCAGCGGGAAGGCGGCCAAGCCCUCCACGGGGUCGCAGCUGCCAAGGCGCUCGCCGCCCCGCACGCGCGCCUCCUCGCGGUCGCCCGCCCGGCCUAGAUCGUAA